AACGCAUACCCUCUAUUACCUUUAGUCAAAUAGCUUAACUAAACACUGAUUAAAAAACAACAAUCUGGAAGUGACGGGAAAAGACAAAUGAUUAAAUCAGUAUUUUGGAAGGAAACGCAUCAAUAGCAAACAAUACCCAUGGCACGCACUGGUGGUGGUCUGUGCUGCACAGUGGUGCAGCCAAGUGUGGCUGAGCAUGACAAUCAAGCGAUCAGAAGAAGCAACAGGGGGUCCAAAUUAUGAGAGCACAGACUCUACAGAGAGCCAAUUUCCACAAAUCCUUCCAGUGACCUCUGCACUAUACUUCUAUGAGAAUUUGACUUCAUUGCCCCCCCAAGGCUGCCAGAUGCCAACAGUCCCAGUCUUCCUGCAGAGCCCAUAGUAACACCUUGAAAUGCCAAACCCACGGGGCACAGCGAAAAAGCACAUAUUAUACGGUGUGCGGAAAGCCUCUGUUUUUCCUCCGAGGUGGGUGGGCGGAUGUGCACGGGGCUGACAGAGAGGCCCACUGUGAGGAAGCUGUUGCCUGGUUGGACACAAUCCAGAGACUCCAUCAGUGACACAGCCCGACAGCCUGCAUAUAAACUCAGCACAACUGCUGCUUCAGCAUCAGUCCUCGGUGAGACGAGUGAAGUCUCCGAAUCGACAUCUUGAGCAUCAACACCUUCAGACAAAAAUGGACCUCCGAACAACAGUUUCUCUUCUGCUGCUGCUUCUGGGCCUCUGUAAGGCUCACAGUGAGGACAUCUCCACGACUAUUCUGAGGAUGAACAGUGAAUAUAGUGAUUUUCUGCUGGAAGGAGAUGUGAUGAUUCCAAAAACCAGGAAUGCUAUGAAGUGUCUUAAAGGCGCAAACUCCUGUCUGUGGCCAAAGUCUGCUAAUGGGAAAGUGGAAAUUCCCUUCAUUAUAAGCGAUGCAUAUGAAAACACUCAGAGGAAUACGAUUGUACAGGCCAUGAAGGGCAUUGAAUCCAAAACCUGCCUCCGCUUCAUUCCACAAUCAACUCAGACGUCGUACUUAAGCAUUGAAUCUAUGAAUGGCUGUGCCUCUUUAAUGGGUCGUACUGGAGGCAAGCAGUUGGUGUCAAUGCAGAGGAGUGGCUGCUUACAGAACGGAAUCAUCCAGCAUGAACUGCUGCACGCGCUCGGCUUCUACCACGAACACACUCGGAGCGACCGUGACCAGCAUGUCACAAUCAACUGGCAAAACAUCCUCAAUGGUUUAGCCUAUAACUUCCAAAAAAUGGACACGAAUAAUCUCAACACUAUGUAUGACUACUCUUCUAUAAUGCAUUAUGGAAGAACUGCCUUUGGAAACAAUGGAUUGGAAACCAUCACUCCCAUCCCUGAUGCCUCCGUUUCCAUCGGCCAGAGAGUGGGAUUGUCCACCAUCGACAUUCUCAAGAUCAACAAACUGUACAACUGCUAGAAUUGCACGAGAUUAAGGAUUACUGUAGUAUGUUUUGAUUCUGACAUGAUACUUGACAUUCAUGUGACAAUAUGCUAAUAAAGAUGAUGAUAUAUUUCA